AUGGAGUCGAGAGUUGCGUAUUAUUUCGAUAAUGAAACCGAUCAAUGUCUUCCAUUUCUAUACGAAGGAUGUGGUGGCAAUACAAAUCGUUUCAGAGAUAUGGAAAGUUGUCGGAUGUCUUGUAUUCCACAAGAUUACGGUUGGUGCGCGAUGAAAGAAAAAGCAUUUGUGGAUAAUAAUGGCAAUACGUUAAUUUGUUCCAGAACCAGUGCUGAUCCUUGCCCAGAAAAAUACAUUUGCAAGCAUUUAGCUUUCUUUGGAAUUUGUUGUCCUCAAAAAACAGAGGAAAUAUACGCUAAAAACUUUUACCCAAAGUGUGCCAGAGGAACGUUGGUAAUAACUGAUGAUGGUAAUUUUAACAUGACGUUUCUUGGGAAAACUUGCAGUGAUAAAUUUUGUCCCGAAGGAAGCAGUUGUAUUCAGCAGGAAAUAUUUGCAUAUUGUUGUCAGUAA